CGGUCCUGCGCCGUUUCUGGAGCGGAUUGGAACCCGGAGUCAGGAUUCGCUAAAUGAAGGGUAUUUUGCAGAAAAGGUUGGCAUAAUGGCUGACCAGGAGCCAGAUGAGUUCAUCUGGUGUGAGGACUGUGGCCAGUACCAUGACUCCGAGUGCCCCGAGCUGGGCCCGCUGGUCACUGUCCAGGACUCCUUCGUCCUCAGCCGGGCCCGGUCGUCUUUGCCAAACAGCCUGGAGAUCAGACAGGUGGCCGAUGGGCAGGAGGGGGUGUUUGUGAUGCGCCGGUUGGUCAAGAGGACCCGCUUCGGGCCCUUUGAGGCCAAGAGGGUCCCCUACCUGGAGAAGGAAGGAGCAUUCCCUCUUAAGAUCUUCCAGAACAACGCUGUGGUGGUGUGUUUCGACUCCAGCAGUGAAGAGGACUGCAACUGGAUGAUGCUGGUGCGGCCCGCCGACGACCACACGCACCAGAAUCUGACGGCUUACCAGCAGGACGAUGACGUGUACUUCAACACCUCCCAGGACGUGUUCCCUGGAACGGAGCUGAGGGUCUGGUACGGGGCUUUCUACGCCAAGAAGAUGGAGAAGCCCAUGCUUAGGCCUCCACAUCUACCAGCACCUCUCCCAGAUUUGGUGGAGACCUCAGAGACAACUGGAGCACACAUGCCCCUGGUGGCUGAAGAAAACAAUGCAGGCGACAUGCUGAGUCACCUGGAUGAGACAGCGACAGCAGCGCUGCCCCAGGAGGAGGAGGAGGAGGAAAGCCUGGUUGACCCCGAUGAGGAGAAGAUGUUCGACCCCCCCGCAGCUCAACCGGUCCGCAAGAGAGGGCAGGGCCGAGGGAGGAGAGCUAAGGGACGCAGGCCCGGAGCCACGGCAAGCAAAAGCAAAGAUGUGAAGCCCUCGUUGGCGAGCUCAGAGUCAGCAGCAGAGAGCAGCAGCCUGCGGGGCUCUCCGGAGGGCGGGGCCGCCCCGAAGAGACACAAAGCCAGAGAGCACAAGAGGGUGUACCGCUGCUCCCUCUGCAACAAGGUCUUCCAGAACAGUAGCAACCUCAACCGGCACAUCCGGUCUCACGGUGAUAAGCUGUUCAAAUGCGAUGAAUGCGACAAGUUGUUCAGCCGCAAGGAGAGUCUGAAGCAGCACAUCUCUUACAAGCACAGCAAGAAUCUGCCCGACCAGGACUACAGAUAUAAAUGCAACACGUGCGAGAAAUCCUUUCGCCUGGAAAAUGCCUUAAAGUUCCACAACUGUCGGACAGACGACAAGACGUUCCAGUGCGACAUCUGCUCGCGCUUCUUCUCCACCAACAGUAACCUCUCCAAGCACAAGAAGAAGCACGGCGAGAAGCUCUACUCCUGCGAAAUCUGCAACAAGAUGUUCUACCGCAAAGACGUGAUGCAGGAGCACCACAGGAGGCACGGCGUGGGACCAAAGCACAUGAAGCGAGAGGAGCUGGAGGCCAACGGAGAAGAAGGGACCAGAUACAGGAAGGAGCCGUCACCCUGUCCCAUCUGUGGCAAGGUGUUCUCCUGCAGGAGCAACAUGAACAAGCACCUGUUGACUCACGGUGAUAAGAAGUACACCUGUGAGAUCUGCGCUCGCAAGUUCUUCCGCGUGGACGUCCUUCGAGAUCACAUCCACGUUCACUUCAAGGAUAUAGCCUUAAUGGACGAGGAGGAGAGAGAGUGCUUCAUCAAGAAGAUCGGCAUUUCAGCAGGCGACAGUGACGAGACGGAUGACGACGAUGAGGAGGAGGAGGAGGAUGAGGAAGACGAUCCUGAGCACCACAAGUACAACUGCAAGAAAUGCCAGCUGUCGUUUGCGAAGGGCAAAGAGUACCUGAGGCACAUCCUGGAGCAGCACAAGGAGAGAGGCUACGGCUGCGGGAUCUGCAACCGGCGCUUCGCCCUGAAGGCCACGUACAACGCUCACCUGGUCAUCCAUAGGGAGCAGCUGCCUGACCCCGCGGUGCAGAAGUACAUCCACCCGUGUGAAAUUUGCGGCCGGAUCUUCAAUAGCAUUGGGAACCUGGAAAGGCACAAGAUCAUCCACACUGGGGUGAAGAGCCACGGCUGUGACAAGUGUGACAAAUCAUUCGCAAGGAAGGACAUGCUGAAGGAGCACCUGAGGGUUCACGACGACAUCCGGGACUUCCUGUGUGCGGAGUGCGGGAAAGGCAUGAAGACCAAACACGCGCUGAGGCACCACAUGAAGCUCCACAAGGGCAUCAAGGAGUACGAAUGUAAAGAGUGCAACCGCAAGUUCGCCCAGAAGGUCAACAUGCUGAAACACUACAAGAGACACACGGGUAUCAAGGACUUCAUGUGCGAGCUGUGUGGAAAGACCUUCAGCGAGAGGACGACUCUCGAGACGCACAAGCUCAUCCACACAGUGGGUAAGACCUGGACGUGUGCCACGUGCGACAAGAAGUACCUGACCGAGUACAUGCUGCAGAAGCACGUCCACCUCACCCAUGAGAAGGUGGAGGCCCAGUCGUGUCACCUCUGUGGGACCAAGGUGUCCACCCGCGCCUCCAUGAACCGCCACCUGCGGCGCAAGCACCCGGAGGUGGUGUCUGUGAGAAUGGAUGAGUUUGAUGAUCUUCAGGAAGCAUCGACAAUCAACGAGUCGUCCAUCAGCAUUGAGCAGCCCACUCUGAUGCUGGAAAAAGACGGCAUGCCCCAGGAGAGGCUCGGCCGCCCGUCCCGACACCACAAGAAGAAGCAGCGAGUUCCGGCUGAGCCGGAGCUCUCCGAGUCCGACGAAUACGUUGAUUUCACCGAGGCGAGGCACGAGGCCAUGGCGGAGUUCAGAGCCGUCAUUGUCGGCGACGAGACCGAGACUAGCUCUGCCGUGCAGAGCAUCCAACAGGUGGUGGUCCUGGCCGACCCCAGCGUUCCAUCAGACCCCAACAGCUCGGUGGGUCUGACCAACAUCACCGUGACGCCCAUCACCAGCCACGCCCCGGCCCAGUUCACCAGCCUGCAGCCCGUAGCCGUGGGCCACCUGACGGCCAGCGACCGACCCCUCACCCUGGACAACUCCAUACUCACCGUCACCUUCGACACCGUCAGCGGCUCCGCCAUGCUCCACAACCGGCCGGCCGAACUCAUCCCAGAGACGGUGGGCCCCGGCGGGGGUGCGUCUUCCCAGUCGGUCGCCCACUUCAUCAACGUCACAACUCUGGUCAACCCCAUGGGCCACCAGUUGGAGGCCCAGACUCUGGCCUGGAGGCCCGUACCGCCGGCCGAAGGCGGCCAGGUCUCCCGCGCGGUGGAGGGAGCACAUGGGGGCGGUCAGGAGGUCCAGAACCAGAACCAGGGCCCGGAGCCAGGCAGGCCCAUCCAGAGCCAGCCGCCUACACCGCAGCAGCAGGGCGGCUCCACGCAGCAGAUGUUCGGCUACUAGGGCAGAGACUGGAGGUGCUGGUCACCUCACACUCACAGAUAUUGUAAUAUAGUAGAAUAGAUUUUAUCAACGUCACCCUGAUGCCUCUCCAGCCCCAUGGACGUGAAUGACAAUUAUAAUAUUUUUUUUAUACUGACAAAACAGUCACAUCUGUAAAUAACUAACAUAAUAUUAAAAAGAAGAAGAGAGAAAUGGUACAUCUAGCCUAAAUCAAUGACCCAAAGCAGCAUGUGAAAUAUUCAAAUGCCUUACCAGCCUUUUAAAAGCGUGCAUGUUUUUAAGAUAAAUCUGCUGAAGUAUGAAAAAGUACCAACCUGAAAGACACCUUUGGUGCAGUGGACCGUGCAGGUGGUGCGUCACAGUUGAAAUGUUAUUUUUGAAUGCUGUAAACUGUAUUUACUGGUGAGCUGGAAGUACUGGAAGAGUUUUUGUACUGUUAUUUUCAAACAAAAUACCUCUUUGAAGCUGUUUUUUUAAUUUGUCUGCAUAUGAAUUGAGUUAGUCAACAGUGAGGAAUAUCAGCGGCAAGGCGAUGGAGCCCGUGUGCGUGUGCAUGUGCGUGUGUGUGUGUUCUCUGCAGAGAGUUUGUUAAAAAAAAAAAAAAGAAUGAAACAAUCAGUUGAAUCGCAAAGGUUUUCUUUCCCUGUGCCAGGUGUGGAAUUAUGAAAGAUAUGCAUAUCUUCCAGAGAUGAAUCACAACUUCCAUUCAAAUCCAUAAGUUCACCAAUAAUUAGUUAUUUUUUACAAAGUAUAAUAAUUAGCAACAAUCUGGAAAGAAGAAAAAAGUAACCCUUAAAAAGGAUAACAUCGGCAUCUCGUCUCCUAAAUAUGAAAGAAAAUUAGUAAAUAUUGCCAUAUUUAUGUGUUUUCCUUCCAAGAUAACAAAUAGCAUUCAUUUGCAA